AUGGUGUUCCGAAAGUUGCCCGGCGUGUCCGCGUCGGGCAUGGGGCUGCGUCUGUCACAGAAGUUUGUCUUCCUGCUCUUCCUGUCAGGCCUGGUGACCCUUUGCUUCGGGGCGCUCUUCUUCUUGCCCGACUCUGUAAGGCUGAAGCGUAUAUUCCUGUCCAAGAGCGAGACUCAGCCGGUAACGGCGGCAGGUUCCGGUGCGGCGGAGAACGACGCCGGCGAACGUUCCAAGAGACCCCGAGAACUGGAACACCCACGGGGCGUGACCUCCAAUAAAGCUGAGAGCGGGGCCGGGACGGGUGGAGGCCUGGCAAGGCUUAAAGGUCUUGCCCGAAAGAUGCCUCCAUCCUCCGAGGCGACGGAGGAACGUCUAGCAGGCGGGAAGGCGCAGGAGGACCUGACCUUGGGGUCGGAGAAAGUCUCUUCACUUGACACCACCACCUUCGCCUACAAGAAGUUCCGCAGGUGUCUUCUGAAACCGCCCCUGGGGAGGGACGGCGGUAAGCCGGGUGACCUCAAGACCAACGAGCGUCGGGAGAAAGUCAAAGAGAUGAUGAAGUUUGCCUGGGACAACUACAAGCAAUAUGCCUGGGGCAAGAAUGAGCUCAGGCCUUUAACCAAAAAUGGACAUAUUGGCAACAUGUUCGGUGGCCUGAGAGGAGCAUCCAUCAUCGACUCGCUGGACACGCUCUACAUUAUGGGACUGUUGGAUGAGUACAAUGAUGCCAAGGAGUGGGUCCGAAACAGCCUUGACUUAACCUCGAAUGGCGAAGCGUCGCUCUUUGAGGUGAACAUCCGUUACGUCGGCGGGCUGCUGUCGGCGUACUAUCUGACGGGAGAGGAGCUGUUUAAGACUAAAGUGUUGGAGUUGGGCGCCAAGUUGCUCCCGGCCUUCAACACGCCGACAGGGAUCCCGAGAGGAGUCAUUAACUUGGGAAGUGGCAGUAGUUGGAGUUGGGGCUGGGCAUCGGCCGGGAGCAGCAUCCUGGCCGAGUUCGGGACCCUGCACCUGGAAUUUGUUCACCUCAGCGAACUCUCUGGUGACCCCGUCUAUACUGAGAAGGUGAUGAACAUCAGAAAGCUUCUGAAUAAGAUUGAGAAACCCCAAGGCCUGUACCCCAACUUCCUCAGUCCGGUCAGCGGAAACUGGGUCCAACAUCACGUAUCCAUAGGCGGAUUGGGAGACAGUUUCUACGAGUACCUCAUUAAGUCGUACCUGAUGUCGGACAAGACGGACGAGGAUGCCAAGAACAUGUACUACAACGCUCUGGAGGCCAUCGAAAACAACCUUGUUCAGAAGUCGCCCGGUGGCCUGACCUACAUGGCGGAGUGGCGAGGGGGCAUCCUGGACCACAAAAUGGGCCACCUAGCCUGCUUCUCCGGGGGCAUGAUUGGCAUCGGCGCCGACGACGGCGCACCUGACAAACGUCAGCACUACUUGGACCUGGCCGCCGAAGUCACGCGUACCUGCCACGAGAGCUACGACCGCUCGGCCACCAAACUGGGACCCGAAGCGUUCCGGUUCGACAGCGGCGCCGAGGCUACGGCGACCCGGCUGAGCGACAGAUACUACAUUCUCAGACCUGAAGUCAUUGAGAGCUACAUGUACAUGUGGAGGCUCACCCAUGACCCAAAGUACAGGGAUUGGGGAUGGGAGGCUGUCGAGGCGCUGGAGCGGCACUGCAGAGUGGAAGCUGGCUUUUCGGGGAUUCGCGAUGUUUACACGCUGACCGACAGCCAUGACAACAUGCAGCAGAGCUUUUUCCUGUCGGAGACGCUCAAAUAUCUCUUCUUGCUGUUCUCGGACGACGACCUGCUACCCCCGGAGGACUGGGUCUUCAACACGGAGGCUCACCCUCUUCCCGUGGUCCGCAAGAGCUGCCUACAGGACCCGUCGUCCGUCGCGCAAGACAAGACGAAGCUCUCCGGAUGA